GCCACAAGCAGCAGGCCUCGGGAGGCGCCCCGGGUCCCCCAGACGUGGCAGUCCGGGCCCCCCACCUCGCGGACUACAAGUCCCAGCAGCACCCGCAGCUAGUACCUCCCGCCCGGCCGCGGAGACCCCCGGUGGGUUCCAGCUACCGGGAGCUUGCUGCGCUGGGGUUGAGCGGGGUAGGGAGGCCGGUCCCGCGGGCGGGGGCGGGGCCCGCUCCGCGGCUUCUCCCGCCGCCGCCGCCAAGGGGAGUUUCCAGGAAGUGGCCAUAUUGGAUCCAUUCAGCCGCAGCCGCCCGGGCGGAGCGCGUCCCGCAGCCGGCUCGCCCCCUCCGCGGCCCCGGCGCUCCCCGCAGCCCGCCCGUCCACCCGCCCGCCCGGUGCGCUGCUCGCCAUGGCGGCCACUGAUCUGGAACGCAUCUCGAAUGCAGAGCCUGAGCCCCGGAGCCUGUCCCUGGGCGGUCAUGUGGGGUUUGACAGCCUCCCUGACCAACUGGUCAGCAAGUCAGUCAGCCAGGGCUUCAGCUUCAACAUUCUCUGUGUGGGGGAGACUGGGAUCGGCAAGUCCACGCUAAUGAAUACACUCUUCAACACAACUUUUGAGACCGAGGAAGCCAGCCACCAUGAGGAAUGUGUACGCCUGCGGCCUCAGACCUACGAUCUCCAAGAGAGCAACGUUCAUCUCAAACUGACCAUCGUGGAUGCUGUGGGCUUUGGGGACCAGAUCAAUAAGGAUGACAGGCCCAUAGUUGAUUACAUCGAUGCGCAGUUUGAAAACUAUCUCCAGGAGGAGCUGAAGAUCCGCCGUUCCCUCUUUGACUACCAUGACACGAGGAUCCAUGUGUGCCUCUACUUUAUCACACCCACUGGGCACUCCUUGAAAUCCCUGGAUCUGGUGACCAUGAAGAAACUAGAUAGCAAGGUGAACAUAAUUCCCAUCAUUGCCAAGGCCGACACCAUCUCCAAGAGCGAGCUCCACAAGUUCAAGAUCAAGAUCAUGGGUGAGCUGGUCAGCAAUGGAGUCCAGAUCUACCAGUUCCCCACAGACGACGAGGCUGUUGCAGAGAUCAACGCAGUCAUGAAUGCACACCUGCCUUUUGCUGUGGUGGGCAGCACAGAGGAGGUGAAGGUGGGCAACAAGCUGGUUCGAGCUCGACAGUACCCUUGGGGAGUGGUGCAGGUGGAGAACGAGAACCACUGCGACUUCGUGAAGCUGCGGGAGAUGUUGAUUCGGGUGAACAUGGAGGACCUGCGGGAGCAGACCCACAGUCGGCACUACGAGCUCUACCGACGCUGCAAGUUGGAGGAGAUGGGCUUCCAGGACAGUGAUGGUGACAGCCAGCCCUUCAGCCUCCAAGAGACAUACGAGGCCAAGAGGAAGGAGUUCCUGAGUGAGCUGCAGAGGAAGGAGGAAGAGAUGAGACAGAUGUUCGUCAACAAAGUGAAGGAGACAGAACUUGAGUUGAAGGAGAAAGAACGGGAGCUCCAUGAGAAGUUUGAGCACCUGAAGCGAAUCCACCAGGAGGAGAAGCGCAAGGUGGAGGAGAAGCGCAGGGAGCUGGAGGAGGAGACCAACGCCUUCAACUGCAGGAAGGCGGCCAUGGAGGCCCUGCAGUCUCAGGCCUUCCAUGCCACUUCACAGCAGCCCUUGAGGAAAGACAAGGACAAGAAGAAAGCCGGUGGCUGGUCUUCCAUUUACAGUGUCACUAUUCCCUGACGGAGCAGCUGUGUGCCACUCCAGUGAUGGCUCCAGCCAGUGGUGACUCAUGUGGUGCCCUAGGCGUGGCCUGUGGUCCGGUAUAUACACACUCGCUGCAGAAUUCGCCUGUUUCCCCUUCAUUUUCAUUUUUCUAACCUAGAGCUUAAUUUUAAUAAUUUUGAAACACUUCUAAAUUUUUAUUUUGGCACCAGUAUAAAGACAAAUAAUAUCUAUCUUUCCCAUUAUUUUUAUAAGUAACACAGAUUCCCUGAUUUUUUUUUUUUUUAAACUAAAAAGAUCUCUAAACCUUCUUACAUAGAAAGCAGCCCUAUAACAUAUAGGGAGAGGUGGGAAAUAAAGUUCCUAUUCUGGCAGUGUUUGGAACUUCUUUCUGGACUGCAGUGGACCCCGAACAAGACCACGCCCAGCGUUUUUACUGUGAAUGUAAAUGGAACAGCAGCCCAAACCCUUGUCUCUGCCCUCGAGGUGCUACCUGUGCAGGGACCAAGUGCAUGUGUGUUAAGUGUCUGACUCCAAAUAAGCCACCUGCUCCCGACCAGCGUGCUCAGCUCAUCAGGGAAAGGGCUGCCAUGUCAAGGUCAUUGUUACUUCUUUCCUGGCCGAGUCAUGGUGCAAGAAAAUAACAGUGUCUGAAGUAUUAGGACAAUUUGGCCGGGGAGAAAAACAAAAGCUUGGGGGCUAAGAACGUCCCCUCCAGCUCUGGCUUCCAGGUGAACACUUGUAAGAAAGUGGCUGCCAGGUGGGAUGGUGCAGGCCUGUGAUGCCAGCACUUGGGAGGUGGUGGGAAGCCAGAGACAGGCCUCAGUUACACGGUGAGGUUGAGGCCAAUUUGGGCUACAUGAGACCCUGUCUCAAAAAUAAAAGCAAGGAAAGUACUGAGAAAACCCAUUCUGCUCUGCUCCUGGUGGUUUGCCAGCCUCGGGGUUGUUGGUGCAGCACCAGCUGGACACCAGGCUCCCCAGAAAGAUCGGCUGCAUCCCGAGGAGCUGAUCACCCAGGGGCUUCUCACUGAGAGCCUGAGGGGUCCACACUGAUUCAUGCUGCAUUCAGAUUUUUACGCCCCCAUCUCCCUCCACCGUUUCCCCCUUCCUGCCAGGCCUGCCUCUAUUCGUCCAGGACCAGUCUGGCUUCUUCUUGUCCUGAGAUGAUGGCUCAUUCAGAGUGAACUGGAGGGGAAGGUUGUUGUGGGUGCACUGUGACAAUACCUCCCCUAAGGCCGCUGUGCUGUGAGAGGCUCCACACAGCAGGAGAAAUGCAUUUAGUGAUGCUCUAAGGAAAAGAUCCUCUGUGAUCAGGGUGCAUCCUGGCCAAAAGUCUGGACUCUCAAACUAUUUAGAGAGGCCGUUUUAAGCAAAAGGACCCAACAUUCAGCUCAGGCCUUGGAAGCCUUGUGAGCGUCACAGCUAGUCCACCUCUGGUCCUGGCAGAGCUGAUGCUGAACUUCAUGUCUGAGGCAGAGGUGAACUGCAGGCCAGCCGCUCCUCUUAGGGAAAUUGUAUGUCUGACGGUGUAUUCACUUAGGUUCAGCCUGACCUUCAGAGCAGCCUCUCCUAGCCAGUCUAUUUUGAGACUAGGAUGACCCAGCGGGUCCACUGCUGGCUCAGAGUCCAUGCUGGGGACUCUGGAGCCAACAGAUCCUACCACCGGCACCUGCAGCGCAGCAGCCACAAACUCAGGCAUACUGGAAGGCUGUUAUGGUCAGUGCCUACCUUUUGGCCCAAAGCUUGCUGGCAUCCCUGGGGAGACUUGACUUGCAUUUUCUAGGGUCUAAGUCGCUCCCCAUGGAUCCCGUCAGUCAUGGCAAGCUUUUCCCCUGCUGCGUGGAAUUUUGUUAUCUUUAGCUGAGGUUAAAUUAAUCCUUGGUGUGCAAGAAAAACGUGAAGCUUGCCCCUCGAGGCUGUGACUCCCUCCUCUUUCUUCCCUGUCGUUUGUUGGCGUCAUGGGACCGUCAUAGGAUCAUGUUGACAUUUGCUGUUGAGUCUCCCUUGAGCCAUUUCGUGUUGUGGUAGAGUCACCGUUUAAGAUACGGUUCAGACCUGGACUUCUGAGAGAGAAAAGAUCCAGUUAAAAAUCAUGCCAAAUCCUAGGCACUCAGGAGGCUAAGCUAGGAGAAUCACAAAUUCAAGGCCAACCUGGGCCACUUAGCAAGACCCCAUGUUAAAUUUAAAAAAACAAAAUGCUGGACAGCUUGCCUAGCAUGAUUGGGGACUGAUUUCUUUCCCAAGUCAACAGCCACCGAGCAGCUGUAUCCCAGGCCAACCAGGGUGUGUGUUCCCCGUCCUGCUGGGAGGCCUGAACCUUGUGGUUGUACAAACUGGCCCUGUGUGUGUUCGUGUGUGUGUGUGUGUGUGUGUGUGUGGACUCCCCUUGUCUGGGGCUCCUACUGGGUAAGCAGCCCAGGAAAGCCAGCUUGCUUGUCUAUGACGUUACCAUGCAUCUCUAAAACCACUUCAGUUGUUAAUCCAUUUACUCCUCCACCCAUUGACUUGUUUCUGUUCCUUCCCAUCCACUUUGUACUCAUUUGUUUUCAUU